GUCAAAUGGUACAUUUAUUCUUUGAGUCUGAUUCUGUCUCUUCAUCAGCCUUUUCCCAAUAAUAUAUUCUCUCACCGCCUCCUCAAAAUUUUCUAGUGUCUCGUGCGUAAUUUCUGCUUCCGUCUUUAUAGAAUCCCAGAGUACUUUCAGAAGAUCGGCGUCCGAUUUUGAGGGGCCAAAAAUGGAAGCAAUUCAUGAGAUAGGAAAUUCGCCACCGCCUUUUCUGUGCAAGACGUAUGAUAUGGUGGACGAUUUGUCGACGGAUUCAGUGGUGUCGUGGAGUAAGAGUAAUAACAGCUUCGUCGUCUGGAACGUGCUGGAGUUUUCGAGAGAUAUUUUGCCCAAGUAUUUUAAGCACAAUAAUUUCUCCAGCUUUGUUAGGCAGUUGAAUACUUAUGGUUACAGGAAGGUUGAUCCAGACUGCUGGGAAUUUGCAAACGAGGGAUUCCUUAGAGGCCACAAACACCUCUUGAAGACCAUAAGUAGGCGAAAACCGUCUCAAAUGCAGGUCCAUCAGGACACCACCUCCCAAGUGCAAAGUGUAUCUACUGAGUCUUGUGUUGAAGUUGGGAAGUUUGGAAUAGAAGAAGAGGUGGAAAGGCUUAAAAGAGAUAAAAAUGUUCAUAUGGAGGAGCUAGUCAAGUUGAAACAGCAGCAGCAGGCAACAGACCACUGCUUAGAGAAUGUUGGGCAGCGUCUUCAUUUGAUGGAACAAAGACAACAGCAAACCAUGUCAUUCCUUGCUAAGGCCUUGCAGAGCCCUGGCUUUAUAGCCGAACUUAUUCAUCAACAGAAUGAAGGAAACAGGCGCAUUCCUGGGAUGAAAAAGAAGAGGAGAUUUCCCAACCAGGAAGAAGAAAUUUAUGCAGGCAAGCCUGUCAGUACUAUGCAUGACAGGCAGAUAGUCCGUUACCAGCCUUUAAUGAAUGAGGCAGCAAAAGCAUUGCUGCAGAAGAUCCUGAAAACUAAUGCAUCUGGUAGGCUGGAAACCAAAGUUAAGAAUACAAAUGGUGUCUUGACUAAUCAUGGCCAUGCUUUCGAAAAUACAUUAGACAGUGCUGGUAUAUGCAGUCGUAUUUCUGGGGUUACCCUUCCACAACUGCCAACUACGUCACAAUCUCAUCUGACGGCGGAUUCAGGAUUUCCAUUCAACUCUAAUUUAUCUGCCAUUCCUGAGAUCCAAUAUUCCCCUAGUCUGGUUCCCUGGGAAGCCAAAGUCCCUCACUUUCCUGGUUUAAAUGCACUUAACUUUCAGACAGACCAUGUUCUGCCUGAAGUUUCAGAAGGAUAUGGGAUAAAUACACUGGACAAUUUUGGAAUAACUGACCUUAAGCGGUUGGGAACUGGGGAUUUGCCAGACAUUGACAGAAUGCAAGGCAUUGUGGAUGGUGUAACAUCAAUUGUCCCUGAUAGAUAUUCCACAGAUACUGAUAUUGAUAUCUUUUUGGACGAGAUGUCUAAGCUUCCAGGCAUUAAUGACAUUUUCUGGGAUCAGAUUCUUUCGGCAAGCCCUCUCACUGGGGAUAAGCAUGAGAUUGGUUCCCUAGCAUUAGGAGAUGGUUUAGCGAAGGAAGAGGAUGUUCCAGGAAUUCAAGAGAGUGCUUUUGAUAAAAAGAAGCAUAUGAGUUAUCUUACUUAACAGAUGGGGCUCCUUGCAUCAGGCAGUGGAUGGAAUCGAGAAUUUUAUUUGAAUGCCGAAUACAUCAAAGAUAUGGCAUUUUAAGACCAAAGUUUUCCAAUUCUGGCAUAUGCCAAAAAUAUUUGCACGCAUAACUCAACAAAGAGGAAUUUUCACUUUCCUUCUUAUAUCCGCAUUCUGCAUUAUAUGGAUGUCUGACUGACUCGAGCAGGGAUUUGAUGGAGAUGUAGGCAUUAACUUUCAGGAAAUUACGAUAUCAUAAAGUUGCAGAUAUGAUGAGCUUAUCAGUCGCGGACAUUUUUUCCUUUCCACUUGUUAUCAGAUCACUGUUGGUCGCGCGGAACAUCCGAAAGUAUGGUCGUUUAUCGUUUGCAGCCAUCUAUUUGGUUAGAUUUCUCAUUGCUAUCUGUUAUUUUAUGAGAAAUAAAGGAAGUAGCUUACUUUGCGCGUGUUAAAAGGUUUGUCUAUGGUUGUGUGUCCAACUUUUCCUUAGUUCUCACUUCUCAGUUCGUGACAAUUGAAUAGAGGUAUAUCCAGUGAAAAGUUGGUUCAGCUCUAUCGUGCCGUAUGGAUUUCUAAAUGAGAAUAACUUUUGGUUUCUUUUCCUCUCAGUCAAGUUGUUCGAGUUCAACUGGUCCUAAUUUUCUUAUCAAAUUCUUUCUUUUAAUUUGAAAACUUUGGUUUUUAUUUUUAUUUUACUUUUUCGUUGGAGGGAGGGAGUGGUGGGCUUACAAGUGUGUUGGGCAAAAGGUUGCUUGGCCAGAAGGCGACUAAUGAAAAGUUAGAUCCCCGUCAGUGUGGUACUGAUCAAGCACAUUAAGCUGAAACGCCGCUUUAACAUGUUUGUGGUAAAAAGGUUUUUAGCUGGGAUAGACAGAGAGCUACAUAAUGUUUGAUGGAAGACUAAAUAUCCACUGUGGUAACAGAAUCAGUUGUGAUGGAUCUCAGUUUUCUCGUCUGAAUGCGAUUAGAAAGGAUCAAUUCCAAUAAGUAUUUGGUUUUCCCUGCCUUUCCUUAGACGUUGGUAUGUCUUAUGUUGAAUCAAUUGGUUUUUGCCAUCGUUGAAUUAGGUGAAGCUCAAACAAUAAAUAUUUGGACUUAUUGGCAAGGUAAAUGAGACAAGAGCCACAAGUCUUGGGAGGUCCAAACAAAGUCAACGAGGCUUGGUGAUGCAAGAGUUAAGGGACUAAGGACGGACUUGGAGGAUAUGAUCGAUGGUAUUCACCUACCUAACUACCUCCUUGUACAGGCUAAAGGGGAGUGGAAUUUCAAGUUUGACUGCUUUUUGAAGCAUCGGCCAUGCAGAAUUCUAAGAAUGCAAGAUGACAUACAAAGAAGAAUCAUUAGGAAUUGUUACCGGGAUGGAUUGAUUUCGGGGGAAAUGAAAGGAGUAAAAAUCAACAAAUAAAGCAGCCUGUGAGUAGUAGUAGUAGCAGCGUAAUGCCACUGAGAGGUUAAUCCCUGUGUUCUGUGAGUGAGAACAAAUUAAAGAAUACAAGUCUUAACAGCU